AUGAAACUGUCCUCCAUUCCUGUGUUAAAACUUCCUCUUGUUGAUGUAAGUACAGAUCCGCUGGACUUACUGGUCGCAGGUUUAGCAUUACGUAUGAAGCAGUUGGCACGUACCAGCCCAAAAUUCAUCGAACUGGUACAUGGGCGUCAAUUCCGCAUCCAGAUAGGUACGGAUAAGGGUAUGGCACGUCAGAUCAUUGUGAAUAACGACCAUAUCGAGACCGUUUCUGGUGAUGCUGAAAAAGCAGAUUUUGUUUUGCAGUUUGCUGAUAGUGAGCAGGGCGUAAAGACUUUAAUUAAAGGCGAUCCGACCGCAUUUAUGACCGGCAUGCAAAGUGGCACCAUCAAAAUGGAAGGUGACUUCGGUUUGCUGGUCUGGUUUAACCAGGUGGCGAAGAUGAUUCCACCAAAACUGCCAAAGCCAGUCAAAGAAAAAGUGAAAAUGGUACGCCAGUUUAUUAAAGAAAAAACUGGUAAAUAA